GCACUCCUCAGACCCUCUCCUCGCCUCUUCCUUCACCUCAGCCCCCGCUCCCCGCCCUCUUCCCGGCCCUGGGCGCCGGCCGCCCGGUCCCUCCGCCGCCCCCCGGCUGCGGGGAGGACAUGGCCGCGCACAGGCCGGUGGAAUGGGUCCAGGCCGUGGUCAGCCGCUUCGACGAGCAGCUUCCAAUAAAAACAGGACAGCAGAACACACAUACCAAAGUCAGUACUGAACACAACAAGGAAUGUCUUAUCAAUAUUUCCAAAUACAAGUUUUCUUUGGUUAUAAGUGGCCUCACCACUAUCUUAAAGAAUGUUAACAAUAUGAGGAUAUUUGGAGAAGCUGCUGAAAAAAAUUUGUAUCUCUCUCAGUUGAUUAUAUUGGAUACACUGGAAAAAUGUCUUGCUGGGCAACCAAAGGACACAAUGAGAUUAGAUGAAACGAUGCUGGUUAAACAGUUGCUGCCAGAAAUCUGCCAUUUUCUUCAUACUUGUCGUGAAGGAAACCAACAUGCAGCUGAACUUCGGAAUUCUGCCUCUGGGGUGUUAUUUUCUCUUAGCUGCAACAACUUCAAUGCAGUCUUUAGUCGAAUUUCUACCAGGUUACAGGAAUUGACUGUUUGUUCAGAAGACAAUGUGGAUGUUCAUGAUAUAGAAUUGUUACAGUAUAUUAAUGUGGAUUGUGCAAAAUUAAAACGACUCCUGAAGGAAACAGCAUUUAAAUUUAAAGCCCUAAAGAAAGUUGCACAGUUAGCAGUUAUAAAUAGCCUGGAAAAAGCGUUUUGGAACUGGGUAGAAAAUUAUCCAGAUGAAUUUACAAAGCUAUACCAGAUUCCACAGACUGAUAUGGCUGAGUGUGCCGAAAAACUGUUUGACUUAGUGGAUGGUUUUGCUGAAAGCACCAAACGUAAAGCAGCAGUUUGGCCACUACAAAUCAUUCUGCUUAUCUUGUGUCCAGAAAUAAUCCAGGAUAUAUCCAAGGAUGUGGUUGAUGAAAACAACAUGAAUAAGAAGUUGUUUCUGGACAGUCUGCGAAAAGCACUUGCCGGCCAUGGAGGAAGCAGGCAGCUCACUGAAAGCGCUGCAAUUGCCUGUGUCAAACUGUGUAAAGCAAGUACUUACAUUAAUUGGGAAGAUAACUCUGUCAUCUUUCUACUGGUUCAGUCCAUGGUGGUUGAUCUUAAGAACCUGCUGUUUAAUCCGAGUAAGCCAUUCUCGAGGGGCAGUCAGCCGGCAGACGUGGACCUCAUGAUCGACUGCCUUGUUUCCUGCUUCCGAAUAAGCCCUCACAAUAACCAACACUUCAAGAUCUGCCUGGCUCAGAAUUCCCCUUCUACAUUUCACUAUGUGCUGGUAAAUUCACUCCAUCGAAUCAUCACCAAUUCUGCGUUGGAUUGGUGGCCUAAGAUUGAUGCUGUAUAUUGCCACUCAGUUGAACUUCGAAAUAUGUUUGGUGAAACACUUCAUAAAGCAGUCCAGGGUUGUGGAGCACACCCAGCAAUACGAAUGGCCCCGAGUCUUACAUUUAAAGAAAAAGUAACAAGCCUUAAAUUUAAAGAAAAACCUACAGACCUGGAGACAAGAAGCUAUAAGUAUCUUCUCUUGUCCAUGGUGAAACUAAUUCAUGCAGAUCCGAAGCUCUUGCUUUGUAAUCCAAGAAAACAGGGGCCUGAAACCCAAGGCAGUACAGCAGAAUUAAUUACAGGGCUUGUCCAACUGGUCCCUCAGUCACACAUGCCAGAGAUUGCUCAGGAAGCCAUGGAGGCUCUGCUGGUUCUUCAUCAGUUAGAUAGCAUUGAUUUGUGGAAUCCUGAUGCUCCUGUAGAAACAUUUUGGGAAAUUAGCUCACAAAUGCUUUUUUACAUUUGCAAGAAAUUAACUAGUCAUCAAAUGCUCAGUAGCACAGAAAUUCUCAAAUGGUUGCGGGAAAUUUUGAUCUGCAGGAAUAAAUUUCUUCUUAAAAAUAAGCAGGCAGAUAGAAGUUCCUGUCACUUUCUCUUCUUUUAUGGAGUAGGAUGUGAUGUUCCUUCAAGUGGAAAUACCAGUCAAAUGUCCAUGGAUCAUGACGAAUUACUACGUACUUGUGCUCCUGGAACCUCUCUCAGGAAGGGGAAAGGAAAUUCAUCCAUGGAUAGUGCAGCAGGGUGCAGUGGAACCCCACCAAUAUGCCGACAAGCCCAGACCAAACUAGAAGUGGCCCUGUAUAUGUUCCUGUGGAGCCCCGACACUGAAGCUGUUCUGGUUGCCAUGUCCUGUUUUCGUCACCUCUGUGAGGAAGCAGAUAUCCGGUGUGGGGUGGAUGAAGUGUCAGUACACAACUUCUUGCCCAACUAUAACACAUUCAUGGAAUUUGCCUCUGUUAGCAAUAUGAUGUCAACAGGAAGAGCAGCACUUCAGAAAAGAGUGAUGGCGCUACUACGGCGAAUUGAGCAUCCCACCGCAGGAAACACUGAGGCUUGGGAAGAUACACAUGCAAAGUGGGAACAAGCUACAAAACUAAUCCUCAACUACCCAAAAGCCAAAAUGGAAGAUGGCCAGGCUGCUGAAAGCCUUCACAAGACCAUUGUUAAGAGGCGAAUGUCUCAUGUGAGUGGAGGAGGAUCCAUAGAUUUGUCUGACACGGACUCGCUACAAGAAUGGAUCAACAUGACUGGCUUCCUUUGUGCCCUUGGGGGAGUGUGCCUGCAGCAGAGAAGCAAUUCUGGCUUAGCAACCUAUAGCCCACCCAUGGGCCCUGUCAGUGAACGCAAGGGUUCCAUGAUUUCAGUGAUGUCUUCAGAGGGAAAUGCAGAUACACCUGUCAGCAAAUUUAUGGAUCGGCUGCUGUCCUUAAUGGUCUGUAACCAUGAGAAAGUGGGACUUCAAAUACGGACCAAUGUUAAGGAUCUGGUGGGUCUAGAAUUGAGUCCCGCUCUUUAUCCAAUGCUCUUUAACAAACUGAAGAAUACCAUCAGCAAGUUUUUUGACUCCCAAGGACAGGUUUUACUGACUGACACCAAUACUCAGUUUGUGGAGCAAACCAUAGCUAUAAUGAAGAACUUACUAGAUAAUCAUACCGAAGGCAGCUCUGAACAUCUGGGGCAAGCCAGCAUUGAAACAAUGAUGUUAAAUCUGGUCAGAUAUGUUCGUGUACUCGGAAAUAUGGUCCAUGCAAUUCAAAUAAAAACGAAACUGUGUCAGUUAGUCGAGGUAAUGAUGGCAAGGAGAGAUGACCUCUCAUUUUGUCAAGAGAUGAAAUUCAGGAAUAAGAUGGUAGAAUACUUGACAGAUUGGGUUAUGGGGACAUCAAACCAAGCGGCAGAUGACGAUGUAAAAUGUCUUACAAGAGAUUUGGACCAGGCGAGCAUGGAAGCAGUGGUUUCACUCCUGGCUGGUCUGCCGCUGCAGCCUGAGGAAGGAGACGGUGUGGAGCUGAUGGAAGCCAAAUCACAGUUGUUUCUUAAGUAUUUCACAUUGUUUAUGAACCUUUUGAAUGACUGUAGUGAAGUCGAGGAUGAAAAUGCACAAACAGGCGGCAGGAAACGUGGUAUGUCUCGGAGGCUGGCAUCACUGAGGCACUGCACAGUCCUGGCAAUGUCAAACUUACUCAACGCUAACGUGGACAGCGGCCUCAUGCACUCCAUAGGUUUAGGUUAUCACAAGGAUCUCCAGACUAGAGCUACGUUUAUGGAAGUUCUGACAAAAAUCCUUCAACAAGGCACAGAGUUUGACACACUUGCAGAAACGGUAUUGGCAGAUCGUUUUGAGAGACUGGUGGAGUUGGUCACGAUGAUGGGUGACCAAGGAGAGCUCCCUAUAGCUAUGGCUCUGGCCAAUGUGGUUCCCUGUUCUCAGUGGGAUGAACUUGCUCGAGUUCUAGUGACUCUGUUUGACUCUCGGCAUUUACUCUACCAACUGCUCUGGAACAUGUUUUCUAAGGAAGUAGAAUUGGCAGACUCCAUGCAGACUCUUUUCCGAGGCAACAGCUUGGCCAGUAAAAUAAUGACCUUCUGUUUCAAGGUGUAUGGUGCUACCUACCUACAGAAACUCCUGGAUCCUUUAUUACGGGUUGUGAUCACAUCCUCCGAUUGGCAGCAUGUUAGCUUUGAAGUGGAUCCUACCAGGUUAGAACAGUCAGAGAGCCUUGAGGAAAACCAGCGGAACCUCCUUCAAAUGACUGAGAAGUUCUUCCAUGCCAUCAUCAGUUCCUCCUCCGAAUUUCCCCCUCAACUACGAAGUGUGUGCCACUGUUUGUACCAGGUGGUUAGCCAGCGUUUCCCUCAGAACAGCAUCGGUGCAGUAGGAAGUGCCAUGUUUCUCAGAUUUAUCAAUCCUGCCAUUGUUUCACCAUAUGAAGCAGGGAUUUUAGAUAAAAAGCCACCGCCUAGAAUCGAAAGGGGCUUGAAGUUAAUGUCAAAGAUACUUCAGAGUAUUGCCAAUCAUGUCCUUUUCACAAAAGAAGAGCAUAUGCGGCCUUUUAAUGAUUUUGUGAAAAGCAACUUUGAUGCAGCACGAAGGUUUUUCCUUGAUAUAGCAUCUGAUUGUCCUACAAGUGAUGCAGUAAAUCAUAGUCUUUCCUUCAUCAGUGAUGGCAAUGUGCUUGCUUUACAUCGUCUACUAUGGAAUAAUCAAGAGAAAAUUGGCCAGUAUCUUUCCAGCAACAGGGAUCACAAAGCUGUUGGAAGAAGACCUUUUGAUAAGAUGGCAACACUUCUUGCAUACCUGGGUCCUCCAGAGCACAAACCUGUGGCAGAUACACACUGGUCCAGCCUUAACCUUACCAGUUCGAAGUUUGAGGAAUUUAUGACUAGGCAUCAAGUACAUGAAAAAGAAGAGUUCAAGGCUUUGAAAACAUUAAGUAUUUUCUACCAAGCUGGGACUUCCAAAGCUGGGAAUCCUAUAUUUUACUAUGUUGCACGGAGGUUCAAAACUGGUCAAAUCAAUGGUGAUUUGCUGAUAUACCACGUCUUGCUGACUUUAAAGCCAUAUUAUGCAAAGCCAUAUGAAAUUGUAGUGGACCUUACCCAUACUGGGCCUAGCAAUCGCUUUAAAACAGACUUUCUCUCCAAGUGGUUUGUGGUUUUUCCUGGCUUUGCUUAUGAUAAUGUCUCUGCAGUAUAUAUCUAUAACUGUAACUCCUGGGUCAGGGAAUAUACCAAGUAUCAUGAGCGGCUGCUGACUGGCCUCAAAGGCAGCAAAAGACUCAUUUUCAUAGACUGUCCUGGGAAACUGGCUGAGCACAUUGAGCAUGAACAGCAGAAACUACCCGCUGCCACCUUGGCUUUAGAAGAGGACCUGAAGGUUUUCCACAAUGCUCUCAAGCUAGCUCACAAAGACACCAAGGUGUCUAUUAAAGUUGGUUCUACUGCUGUUCAAGUAACCUCAGCAGAGCGAACAAAAGUGCUGGGGCAAUCAGUCUUUUUAAAUGAUAUCUAUUAUGCCUCGGAAAUUGAAGAGAUCUGCCUAGUGGACGAGAACCAGUUCACCCUAACGAUUGCAAACCAAGGCACACCUCUCACCUUCAUGCACCAAGAGUGUGAUGCCAUCGUUCAGUCUAUCAUUCACAUCCGGACACGCUGGGAGCUGUCGCAACCCGACUCCAUUCCUCAGCACACCAAGAUUCGGCCAAAAGACGUCCCUGGGACACUACUCAAUAUUGCAUUACUUAAUUUAGGCAGUUCAGACCCUAGUUUACGGUCAGCUGCCUAUAAUCUUCUGUGUGCCUUAACUUGUACCUUUAAUUUAAAAAUUGAGGGCCAGUUACUAGAGACGUCAGGUUUAUGUAUCCCAGCCAACAACACCCUCUUUAUUGUCUCUAUUAGUAAGACCCUGGCAGCCAAUGAGCCACACCUCACCUUAGAAUUUUUGGAAGAGUGUAUUUCUGGAUUUAGCAAAUCUAGUAUUGAAUUGAAACACCUUUGUUUGGAGUACAUGACUCCAUGGCUAUCAAAUCUAGUACGUUUUUGUAAGCACAAUGAUGAUGCCAAGCGACAGAGAGUUACUGCAAUUCUUGAUAAGCUGAUAACAAUGACCAUAAAUGAGAAACAGAUGUAUCCAUCUAUUCAAGCAAAAAUAUGGGGGAGCCUUGGGCAGAUUACAGACCUCCUUGAUGUUGUACUGGACAGUUUCAUCAAAACCAGUGCAACUGGUGGCUUGGGAUCAAUAAAGGCUGAGGUGAUGGCAGAUACCGCUGUAGCUUUGGCUUCUGGAAAUGUGAAAUUGGUUUCAAGCAAGGUUAUUGGAAGGAUGUGCAAAAUAAUUGACAAGACAUGCCUAUCUCCAACUCCUACUUUAGAGCAACAUCUUAUGUGGGAUGACAUUGCCAUUCUGGCUCGCUACAUGCUAAUGCUGUCCUUCAACAAUUCCCUCGACGUGGCAGCUCAUCUCCCCUACCUCUUCCACGUUGUUACUUUCUUAGUAGCCACAGGGCCACUGUCCUUGAGAGCUUCCACACAUGGAUUGGUCAUUAACAUCAUUCACUCUCUGUGUACUUGUUCACAACUUCAUUUUAGUGAAGAGACCAAGCAAGUUUUGAGACUCAGCUUGACAGAGUUCUCAUUACCCAAAUUUUACCUGCUGUUUGGCAUUAGCAAAGUCAAGUCAGCUGCUGUCAUCGCCUUCCGCUCCAGUUACCGGGACAGGUCAUUCUCUCCUGGCUCCUAUGAGAGGGAGACUUUUGCUUUGACAUCCUUGGAAACAGUCACAGAGGCUUUGUUGGAGAUCAUGGAGGCAUGUAUGAGAGAUAUUCCAACAUGCAAGUGGCUGGACCAAUGGACAGAACUAGCACAAAGAUUUGCAUUCCAGUAUAACCCAUCCCUGCAACCAAGAGCUCUUGUUGUCUUUGGCUGUAUUAGCAAACGAGUAUCUCAUGGACAGAUAAAGCAGAUUAUCCGUAUUCUCAGCAAGGCUCUUGAGAGUUGCUUAAAAGGACCUGAUACUUACAACAGUCAAGUUCUGAUAGAAGCUACAGUAAUAGCACUAACCAAAUUACAACCACUUCUUAAUAAGGACUCCCCUCUGCACAAAGCCCUCUUCUGGGUUGCUGUGGCAGUGCUGCAACUCGACGAGGUCAACUUGUACUCAGCAGGCACUGCACUUCUGGAACAAAACCUGCACACCUUAGACAGUCUCCGAAUAUUCAACGACAAGAGUCCAGAGGAAGUGUUCAUGGCAAUCCGGAACCCUCUGGAAUGGCACUGCAAACAAAUGGAUCAUUUUGUUGGACUCAAUUUCAACUCUAACUUUAACUUCGCACUGGUUGGACACCUCUUAAAAGGAUACAGGCAUCCUUCACCUGCCAUUGUCGCAAGAACGGUCAGAAUUUUGCAUACACUACUAACUCUGGUUAAUAAACAUAGAAAUUGUGACAAGUUUGAGGUGAAUACACAGAGCGUGGCUUACUUGGCAGCUCUACUUACAGUGUCUGAGGAAGUUCGAAGUCGCUGUAGCCUAAAACAUAGAAAGUCUCUGCUUCUUACUGAUAUUUCAAUGGAAAAUGUUCCUAUGGAUACAUAUCCCAUUCAUCAUGGUGACCCUAGCUAUAGGACACUAAAGGAGCAUCAGCCGUGGUCCUCUCCCAAAGCUUCUGAAGGGUACCUUACAGCCAGCUAUCCACCUACAGGCCAGACCAGUCCCCGAGCCAGGAAAUCUAUGAGCUUGGACAUGGGUCAGCCUUCCCAGGCCAACACGAAGAAAUUGCUUGGAACAAGGAAAAGUUUUGAUCACUUGAUAUCAGACACAAAGGCUCCUAAAAGGCAAGAAAUGGAAUCAGGGAUCACAACACCCCCCAAAAUGAGGAGAGUAGCAGAAACUGAUUAUGAAAUGGAAACCCAAAGGAUUUCCUCAUCACAGCAGCACCCACAUUUACGCAAAGUUUCAGUGUCUGAAUCAAAUGUUCUUUUAGAUGAAGAAGUACUUACUGAUCCGAAGAUCCAAGCACUUCUUCUUACUAUUCUGGCUACACUGGUGAAAUACACCACAGAUGAGUUUGAUCAACGAAUUCUUUAUGAAUACUUAGCAGAAGCCAGUGUUGUUUUCCCCAAAGUUUUUCCUGUUGUGCACAAUUUGUUGGACUCUAAGAUCAACACCCUGUUGUCAUUGUGCCAAGAUCCAAAUUUGUUAAAUCCGAUCCAUGGAAUUGUGCAAAGUGUGGUGUACCAUGAAGAAUCCCCACCACAAUACCAAACAUCUUACCUGCAAAGUUUUGGUUUUAAUGGCUUAUGGAGGUUUGCGGGACCCUUUUCAAAGCAAACACAAAUCCCAGACUAUGCUGAGCUUAUUGUUAAGUUUCUUGAUGCCUUGAUUGACACGUAUUUGCCUGGAAUUGAUGAAGAAACCAGUGAGGAGUCCCUCCUGACACCCACAUCUCCUUAUCCUCCUGCAGUGCAGAGCCAGCUUAGUAUUACUGCUAACCUUAACCUUUCUAAUUCCAUGACCUCACUUGCAACUUCCCAGCAUUCCCCAGGAAUCGACAAGGAGAACGUUGAACUCUCUCCCACCACUGGGCACUGUAACAGUGGACGAACUCGCCAUGGAUCCGCAAGCCAGGUGCAGAAGCAGAGAAGUGCUGGCAGUUUCAAACGUAAUAGCAUUAAGAAGAUCGUGUGAAGCUUUCUUUCUUUCCUUUUUCAAACAGACUUAACUGACACGGGCUCUUCACUAGUGACCCCUCACCUCCGUGCUGUGAUGCUGCACUUCAUGUUUUCUAAUGAGCCCAUCCAGUCUGCCAUGUUGCCAGAUGAUCAACUCUUGGAAGCAUUGCCUAAAUUUAAUGCUGCUUUUUUCUUUAACUUUUUUUUUUUUUUUUUACUUUCGGUUUAAGCAAGUGUUCAGAACAGCUGCAGAGAGUGGGCAGUCAGGACACUUGAACUGAGAACAUCCCAAUUGUGAGAGAGGAUGAAUUCUUGAAUACUGCUACUACUGGCCAGCUAUGAAAGCCAUUUGCACAGAGCUCUGCCUUCUAUGUUUUCCCCUUCUUCAACAUAAAGUAAAGUGUUAGUCUUAUUUACACACUUUUCAAGAUAGAAGUUUAUGGGAGAAAUAAUAUUAUAACCCCAGUAUGUUUAAUCUGACUUUUAGCUGUGGACUUUUUUUUUACCUUACAAAACUGAAGAACCAUAGAGGUCAAGCCUCAGUGACUUCACACCAUAAAGCCACAGGCAAGGUACUUUGGGGUAGGGGGGAGGGUGGAGGGAUUUAGUAUUUUGUAGUAGGUUCUUAAGAAAUACUAACACUUGAGUAUUAGCAAUAAUUACAGGAAAUAAACAUAACCACAUAUAUCUUAACAUUACUGAAUUAAAGAGAUGAGUUCUGAGGCCUUAUCCAAACUCAGUCAUCCAAACUAGUUUAUAUUUUUCUCCAGUUGAUUAUCUUUUAAUCUUUAAAUAUGCUAAAAGUCAUUUUUUUUGUUUUUGUACGCCAAAACUAUACUAAGUAUAGUAAUUAUACAUUUUUCCCCUCCUCCUCUUCUUUACUAAGUAAUUCCAAGCAGGGUAAUCAGUGAACAAAGUGUCGAAAAUUGUUCCUAGAAGGUAAUUUCGUAGAUGGUUGCAUUAGCUCCAUACAAAAUGGAAUGGUACGUGAUUAUUAGAGUAGAUGAUGCUUUUAUUUUGUUUAAUAUUUUUCCCAGAAACAUAGAGUAUGGUGUAUAUUAUCAAAAAUUUUUUUGAUGAGAUGUAUUUUAAAUGUCUUGUAAUCUUUCCUCUCCCCUCCAAAAAAUCAGGAAUCUCUAGCAAAACGUUUCAGUUCUAUAUGAUAGAAUUGCAUUUAAUCACUGUGAAAAGACUGGUCAGCCUGCAUUAUUAUGACAAUAGGGGACCUUAAGAGUUGCUGCUAUGCUGAAUGGUAUGGAUUAUCAUGGCAUUGGAAUUUCCAUAGUAAUGCAGAUCCAAUUUCUUUGUGGUACCUGCAGUAUGCAAAAUAAUUUGACUUCAGUGACUAUAUUAGUAUCUGGAUGUUCCAAUUUAGGACUAAACCAUAUUUAUUACAAGAAGAUAUUAUCCCCCUAUUCCUGGGCUCCCUUUAUAUGUUAAGAUGUAAUGGCUUUGGGAGGGGAAAAGAAACUUAGGGGAGGGGGAAUUUCCUAAAGUGCUGUUUCAUGAGUGGAUUUCAGUAAAUUAAAUUCCACAGCUAAAUCAAUAAAUAAUGGUACAUUUAAGUGUUCUGAUUUUAAUAAUAUAACACAUUUCACAUUUAUCCACACAGUAACAAUGUAAUAUGUUAAUGUAAAUAAAAUUGCUUUUGAUAUUCAGAAAUAACAAGAAUUUAAUUUUUUUAAUUUGUUUACAGUCCUGGGAAAAGUAAGAACCAUUUGCCAAAAUAAAAAAAAACACUUUACUGCUAAUAGUUAUUUUGACCCUGAAUUGUUGGAAAAUAUUGAAGAUACGUGCAAUUAACUAAACUUUUUAACUAUUGUAGAGGCUUCAUUAGAAUAGAAUGUUGUAAUAACAGAGCAACUAAGGUGAUAAGGAAGUAAGACCAGAGCUGAGCUUAGAAAUAGAUCUUUAACAGCCUGGUGCCAAGAAUGCCAAGCUGCCGGUAAGGUCCGUGUCUUCCCACAACCCAGAGCUUCUGGGGUGGGCACCCUGGCUCCUGGAAUGUGAGCUUUUUAAUAAUUUUGGUUCUGUGUUUUUCCCUCUUUGUUGGUUGGUUUGGUGCAAUGACUGUGGGUAGUGUUACGCUAUUUUGCUUCUCCCAUCAAAACAGAGAAACUUCCAAAGUUUUACCACUAAAAAAAUAUUGAUCUUUCCAUAAACAAGUUUUCCAGGGUAUGUUAUUUCUGAAAUUUAUUCGUUAACUUCCCUCUAGUGUAAUGAAGGGAGUGAAUUCACUUGAAGUACCUCAUGAAAUGAUCUGCAUUGCAUAAAUCAGAACUUUGAACCUUCUUUGAAUUGCAGAAGUGCUUUUAACCAGUACAUACUAGAAAUUUGAAAACUUACUGAGGUUUAAGGUUCACCUUGUUUAAAGAACUUCUGACUUUUGAGGAAACUCUAAUUUUCCAAGAAACUAAAAUGAACAUGAGGUCAGUCUCACCAAUAUGCUUCCCCUGGAGAAAUGAAACUCUUUUUUAGUCCUCAUACAUAUAAACUGCACAAGAAAUUCUGAAGUUUACAGCAGGUUGCCUAUUCUGCAUAAUCUGAUGUAAGUUCUAUAAAGCAAUUUGUUUUGGGUUUGUAGAUGUUUCCCCUGACUUUUUAAAAAGGAAAACAUUAACUCACCAUUUUUUUGUCAUGAUCUCCCUGCUUUAUCACCCGCCUUGUCCCAGGGGUGUGCCCUUCUUUGCCAGCCUUGAGACCUGGUUCUCUAGCUUUGGGGGACAUGGCCAGUGCUCUCUCCUGCAUCCUCUCAGCAUCUGUCAUUACUGGGGGCCGGCUCCGUGCAGGUCCUAGGCCAGGGCUGAGGACCCCGGAGAGAACGGACAGGGGAUGUCCUGGGGGAGACAGAAUGGAAGCGGCAACCCACCCUGCUUAGCGGGCUUUAGGGUUCUCAGUUCUGUUUUGCUUCUAUGUUUGUUUUUUUGGUUUUGUCUUUACAUCCCACCCCUAACCCAGGCAUAUGAGGCAUGUCUUAUUCAAUGUUAUGCAAUGGACUUAUACAAAAAUUCACUCUUAGUGUCAGCCACACAGGUUUUUUUUUUAAUGCAGUAUAUUCACCUGUAAAUAGUUUGUGUAAAAUUUGACAGAAAAGUAUAUUUACUACACUGUAAAUACAUGUGAUGAUAUAUUGUAUUAUUUUGCUUUUUUGUAAAGCAGUUAGUUGCUGUACAUGGAUAACAAACAAAAAAUUUGAUUAUUCUCGUGUUAGUAUUGUUAACUUCUUCCUGCGACUACGUUACAUCAUUUAAAGAAAAUGCUGUGUAUUGUAAACUUACAUUGUAUAUGAUAACUUCCUCUCUUUUCUGUUCAGGCCCAAACUCUGGCAGUUCCCUUGUCUACAGCCUCGUUAAUAUUGUAAGCAGUUGUACGCCAGCAGGAGAAAUACUGCCCAACAGACAAAGUCCACCAUUGUAGGGGAGAACUGUAGAAAUCCAUUUCAGAUCACUGUUGUUCCCAUCCCAUUCUCCUCCCUGUGUAUGUACUCCUCCCCCUUUUUUUAAGUAAAAUGUAAAUUCAAUCUGCUCUAA